UUUGCAUUUCCGGCCUCGUUCAUUUCCGAUGAGGAAGUAGUUCGAUCAUAACAAAUGGUAGUUCGUCGUUUAAAUUUCUUUGCCACUUUCAAUGAGUUUCGCCUUUGCUGAAUCCUAGACGUGUUGCAGUUGCUCGUCACCAACCUGUGUAUCCAUGGAGACGCCAGAGCCCGGUCCAGCGGAUGGAGAAGAGCAUCUGGUGGAGCUGCGACCUCGGACGCGCUCCAACCCUGAAGGUGCCGAGGACCGCCGCAGCAGCACGGGCAGCCUCGGGGGAAUCAGUAACCCCAACGUGUCUCAACCCGCCGUGGGGAGCCGUGUGGAGGGCGAGGGGGAGGCUUCCACCAACGACUCUCCUCUCACCUCCACUACCACGGCCCUUUCAGUCGCUGCCGCUCAGAAUGUGGCCCCCGUUGCGACAGCAGCAGCCGCAGCAUCGGCGGCUGCUGCGUCCAGUGCCGCAGCGUCGCUAUCCACUGCUGCCAUUGCAGCUAAAGAGAGGCCGAAGCCCACGCAGCAGCAGCAGCAGCAGCAGCCCGCCUUGACAACCCCCAUCCCCCCACCGGCAGAUUACCAGCUCAGAGUUCCCCGCGUUAACUGUCCAGAGAAAGUGAUCAUCUGCUUAGACCUUUCUGAGGAGAUGUCUUUGCUAAAGUUGGAGUCUUUUAACGGGUCUAAAACCAAUGCGCUGAACAUUUCCCAGAAGAUGAUUGAAAUGUUUGUCAGAACUAAACACAAGAUUGACAAACGGCAUGAGUUUGCCCUGGUAGUCGUCAAUGACGACGCCUUGUGGUUGUCAGGCUUCACCUCUGAUCCCAGGGAGCUGUGCAGCUGUCUGUAUGACCUUGAGACCAAUGUGUGCGAGUCCUUCAACCUUGAAGAUCUUCUUAAUGUAAUUCGUCAGAAGAUCGAGCUGCCGUCGAUGGACAAUGUUCAGACCGUCCCUCCUCCGUAUGUGGUGCGCACUGUGCUCAUCUACAGCCGUCAUGCAGGGCAGCUUCACUUCAGCCCGUCAGAGGCGGUUGCAAAAAUGCUGCAAUCUCCAUAUUUUUUCUUCGAUGUGGUCUAUCUUCACAACGGGAUGGAGGAGCAGGGGGAUGAGACCAGCUGGAGGGACAACUACACCUCGUUCUGCAACCUGGACUCAAAGGGCGCGUGCUAUCGCUUUGAGGUUUCUCUGAGUGGACCCGCCAUCGAGCUGCACAACUGCAUGGCCAAACUGUUGGCUCACCCUUUGCAAAGACCUUUCCAGAGCCACGCGUCCUACAGCCUGCUGGAGGGGGAAGACCUCCAGGACAUCGAGGCAACCGUUUAAAACACGGCACAAUCAUGAAGGUUUCUCUCUGAAGGUUUUAAGUUUUACUAGAAAGUAGGUUUUCAAAGUAAACCUUAUUACUGAAGGUUUUUCCAUUAACUGCUUAAGAGAAAUAAUUUGUGAAAACAAUCUGUAGUUCUAAUGAAACAACAGGACUUUCAGUUACACCACGCAUGUGUUUACAUGACAUAAUCAAAGUCAUGAUUGUUCCAAGCUGCAGAAGUAAUACAAUUAUUAGUUUUUUGGGGGGCCGUGAUACUCUGGGAGCUUUCUAAGGUUUGAGGUGAUAUAGUAAAUAUCAGAGAGUCUAGAAGCCAGCGUCGGCUUUUCUUCAACUGGCUUCCUUUUUAUUUAAGUCCUCACCCUGCUGCUCCGUCUGUGAGGCUUAGAAGGCAAACAUUGGUCUCAAAUGUCCUGCCAUCACAAACUAUACAUCAAACUGCAAUAUGAUAUACUUUAUCACCCAGGACACAACAUCUGUAACAUUGCUUCCGCUUUUUGUUUUAAUGUAUUAUGAGUUUUAUAAUGGGUUGUAUUUCAUCUUGAGUUAAUUUGUCAGCCAUAGAAUGUGCAGUAAUCUAGAAGCUGCCCCUCUUUUGACAAGGAUCUCUCUGUCCUUGAUGGAUUUAUUGUGUAGAAACGCAUUGUACAGAUGAGCUUUUUGAACCUGUUUCUGCAUAUUAAAAAUAAACCACGUCAAAUCACA